UGCAGAGCAUAUAUUCCGCUCCGAUACGUUCAUAGCAAGCUUCAGCUUGCGUUCCAUGUUCUGCGAUGUCUUCAUAGCGACCUUGCCCGAAUCCGAGCGCAUACCGUAGUAGCUUUUUAGCUAGUUAAUAUGAAGCCUCUGGCCCGCUUCCUAGGGUGGGGAAAAUUCGCCAUGUUAGGGUCUCUGUGCGUCGUUCUGCUGCUGCUGGACACGCCAAUCAGGAACGCAGCUGCUGCAGGUGGUUUUGAAAUUUCCGCUAAUUCCGUCGCAGUGGAGAGGAGUCCUGCCGGCACGCCACGUAAGAUUCGAGUGCUGACGUGGAACCAGGCGAGGAACAAGUUGCCCAGAGUGACCCCGCCGGCCCCAGAGUUUCGCGCGCGAACGAGGCGACAGAUGCGACAGCGUCAGACGUCGUACACGGACGCAGAAGGCGAGCCGGUCUUCGUCGCUAUCGGCUCCUCGAGCUGGGCGACUGGCGGGCGACAUCGCCGUGGCGACAGCUGGGCGACAACAACAAGCGGGGCCGGGCGACGUCAUCGCAGCAGGUCCGUCGCAGGGCCCUCCUACCCGUCGCAGAUGGUGUUCUCAGACCGGGGAGAAGCAAAAUACCAGAGCGAAUACCAGAGCGGGCCUUCUAGGGCACAGUUUCGUUACAGCGGUGCAUCGCAGCAUCACAGUAACGGACCUCGAGGUCGCAAUAACGCGCACAGGUGGGGUCCUCGGGCUUAUGAUGCGGUGCAGUGGCACGGAGGCGACGAAAGAUACCCCAAUAUCGAUUCGCACCCAGCCAGGCUCCGCGCUAUAGGUCGGGACACAGAUAUGGUAUACGAGAUCGAGCCAGCUUCGGCAACGAGCUUCGCCGGACCUGCGAGCGAGCCUCGGUACAGGCAGCAGCAGCGACACAGCCGCGUCCAGGUUCGGGUGGGUCCCGGCUUGGUGAAGGAGGCAGCCGAAGAAGCAGUUGGUGAAGCUGAAGUCGCGGGUUCGAAUCCUGACCGUCCCACUACGCGCUUCUCUACGGCGCAAUCGCGAGUAGGACCCCCCCAGACAGUGGCAGGCGGGGAAAACGCAGAAGAUGGAGAUCCAGAGGGGGGCACUGGUGUUCCUGAUGAUGCUUCGAGCGAUGAUGCAGAUGAUGAUGCGGAUGAUGCUGCUGAUGAUGCUGCUGGUGAUGCUGCGGAUGAUGCUGCGGGUGAUGCUGCGGGUGAUGCUGCGGGUGAUGCUGCGGGUGAUGCUGCGGGUGAUGCUGCGGGUGAUGCUGAGACUGAUGAACCAGGGGCAGCUAAAGAGGGUGUUACGGCGGUUUCUGCUGCUGUAGAGGAGACUGGGCCUGUUCCUCAAGCAACGACUCGCGAUGCUGGCUCCAGUGCUGGGACAGCGGACCGUGGUAACUCGGUUUCUGCAGGAACUGCAGAGGCGGCUGCUGCUGCUUCUGAGCCAGAGAGAGUCAAGAAGGUCAAUGUGGAAACGGUGGAAGAGGCUCAGAUCCUACUCGCAGGGGAUGAUGGGCAAGGGGAGGAGGGAGAAGAAGGGAGGGCACAGAUGAAGGGUGCUGACGCCGCUCCUGCUGCUACUGCUUCUGCUGCUGCUGCUGCUACAAGCACAGCUGAUGAUGUUGAUCUAGGGGGAGACGGAGGAUGGAGCGACGGGCUGAAAGCGACGAGCAUGUACGUGGUGAAGGAGGGAGACACGUGUGAGGCGCUCGCGAACAGCCUCUUCCGAGGUUCGCUGGCGAUGUUGACGCAGCUCAACCACGGGUUCGUGUGCUCCAAAGACACUCUGACGCCUAACAUGCAGCUGUUCAUUCCCUAGGAGUGGAUGGAGGAGUGUGGGGAGUCUAUUUGUGAGGAGUCAUUCCCUCAAAAAUAGGCUCAACCACGGGUUCGUGUGCUCCAAAGACACUCUGACGCCUAACAUGCAGCUGUUCAUUCCCUAGGAGUGGAUGGAGGAGUGUGGGGAGUCUAUUUGUGAGGAGUCAUUCCCUCAAAAAUAGGCUCAACCACGGGUUCGUGUGCUCCAAGACACUCUGACGCCUACCAUGCAGCUGUUCACUCCCUAGGAGUGGAUGGAGGAGUGUGGGGAGGGAGGGAAGAGGGGGUGAGGGGGGGCUGGUGAGGGGGGGCUGGUGAGGGGGGGGUGAAGGAGGAGACACAUGUGAGGGGCUUGCGUUCGGUCACUUCCAAGGGUCGCAGGACUCAACCGCGGGGUUGCUUUGCAUGCUCCAAGGAUACACUGACGCCAAACAUGCAGCUGUUCGUGCCGUGAGAAUGGAUGGAGGACAGUAGGGAGGGAGGGAAGGGGCGGGUGGGGGAAGCAGGGAGGCACAAGUGAGAAGCUCGUGUACAGCCUCUUCUGGGGGUCGCUGGUGAUGAUGUCACUGUCACAGCUCAACCAUGGGUUUGCAUGCUCCAAAAAUACGUUGAUGCCAAGCAUGUAGCUGUCCGUGCCAUGAGCGCGCGGGGAGGAGAGUAUUUCAGGGGGGGUGAGAGGGAGGGAAGGAGGGGCAGGCAAUGCAGCUGUUCGUGCCAUGAGCGUUCGACUGUGGAGAGCAGUGAGGAGAGAAUGAGGGCACCGAGACAGUAAGGCGGGAGAGAAGAGGAGGGUGGGGAGUGAUCACAGGGAGCGUUCCAGUGCAACGUCCAGGGUAUUGUUUCCACGGGAGGGUGUGAGCAGGGUAGUUUUGAGGCGCCUCAAAACUGGAGGGUGUGAGCAGGGUAGUUUUGAGGCGCCUCAAAACUGGAGGGUGUGAGCAGGGUAGGAACUGCACGGGGAACAGCAAGGUGCAUGGCAGUUAGUUGCAGUACGGGUUGAAGUGUUGGUGGCAAGUGGGGUAGUAUAGGGAGAGGGCUGGUGGCUGGGAGAGUUAGUAUGGUAACACUGUUGACUGGGCUGGUAUAGGAUGGGCUGGGCUGGACUGGCAUGGGCUGGGAUGGGCUGGGUUUCUUUUCCUCUGUAUGUGCGCUUCUUUAGUACUGGCAUGUUUUCACCUGCACUAUGCAGCAGUGCGUGUAAAUUCGGGGAGAUGAAUA